UUAUUUUCACGGAAUAUUAUAGUUUGAGAACUAAACCUUAAUUAAAAACACAUAGUAUACCUUUAAUUUAUUCUCCCUCCAAAUUUAAAACCCUAAAAAAAACUAAACAAAACACAUAUUCUGACACUCUGACACACCAACCCCACCCCCCCACCCCCUCCUUACAUUUUCCAUAAAUCACUCCCAACACUCCACUCUACUCCUCUCCUCUUUCUUUCUCCUCCCCUAUUUUCCGCCAUUGUUAAACCUUCAAAACCCUAAUUCCUUCAUCAAUGGCGUCAAUCGAUCCUCACUCAUACACAAAUUCAUCUCACCCUUUCACAACCCACAUCUCACUCUCUCUCUUCUUCGACUUCUCUUCCUCAAUCAUCCACUCCUCUGCUCUCCUCUCUCUCUCCUCCCCUUUUUCCGGGGACCUCUUCCUCGAUACUCGCGCUCUUUCCAUCACCUCCAUCGUCGACCCUGAUACCAAUUCCCCAAUUCCAUUUUCUCUCUCCUCUGAAAUUGACCCCAUUAAAGGUGCUCUUCUCACUGUUACUCUCUCUGAUCAAUCCAAGUUUCUGAUUUCUUUUCAAACUUCGCCUAAUUCUUCUGCUCUUCAAUGGCUGACGCCUCCUCAGACUUUCAAUAAAACGUUGCCGUUUGUUUAUACUCAAUGUCAGGCGAUUCAUGCGAGGUCGAUUUUUCCUUGCCAGGAUACUCCGGCCGCGAGGAUUACGUAUUCGGCGAAGAUUAAUAUCCCUCGGGUUCUGUCUGCUGUUAUGUCUGCUCGACAUGUCGAGCGUCGUGUUCCUACUGCUGGUGAGGCAGGAGCAGCAUGUGAUGAUUCAAUGUGGUGUGCGGAAGAUAGGAUUGUCGAGGAGUUUGUCAUGGAGCAGCCAAUACCGCCAUACCUUUUUGCAUUUGCAGUUGGAGAAAUUAGCCACAGGGAGGUAGGUCCAAGGACGAGAGUGUAUGCUGAGUCAGUGCCUUCAGUUUUAGAUUCAGCUGCAAGAGAGUUUGCAGGAACUGAGGAUAUGAUUAGACAAGGGGAGAAGUUAUUUGGACCUUAUGAUUGGGAAAGGUUUGAUUUGUUAGUUCUGCCUCCUAGCUUUCCAUAUGGAGGUAUGGAGAACCCAAGGAUGGUGUUUCUAACACCUACGGUCAUAAAAGGGGAUGCAACUGGAGCGCAAGUGGUGGCUCAUGAACUUGCCCACAGUUGGACUGGAAAUUUAAUUACAAAUAAGAAUAACGAACACUUUUGGUUGAAUGAGGGUUUUACGACUUACGCAGAAAGAAGAAUUGUUGAGGUGGUGCAAGGGGAAGACAGGGCUGCUUUAAAUAUUGGUAUAGGUUGGAAAGGCUUAAAUGAUGAAAUGGAAAGAUUUAAAGACAACAUGGAAUUUACAAAGCUUAAAACAAACCAAGAAGGAGUGGAUCCAGAUGAUGUAUAUUCACAGGUUCCAUAUGAGAAAGGCUUUCAGUUCCUUUGGCGCAUUGAACGUCAGAUUGGCAGACCUGCAUUUGAUGAAUUCGUUAAGAAGUAUAUUACCACCUUUAAGUUCCAGUCAAUUGAUACUGAGACCUUCUUGGACUUCCUGAAAGCUAAUGUCCCUGACAUAGAAAAGGAAAUCAAUUUGGAGCUGUGGACUGAGGGCACGGGAAUUCCACCUGAUGCUCUGGCACCGGAAUCCAAGCUUUAUACUAAGAUUACAUCCCUUGCGCAUGAAUUCAUAAAUGGGCGGAUGCCAAGGGAUGACGAAGUUGCUGAAUGGGGAGGGCAGGAAUGGGAGCUGUACUUAGAGUUCCUGCCUAAAUCUGUUGAAGCUUCACAGGUGUCAGCACUGGAUGCACGCUACCGUCUUGCAGAAUCAAAAGACUAUGAAGUGAAAGUGGCAUUUCUUCAACUGGCAAUUUCAUCUGGUUGCCGAGAUUAUUAUGGUGAGGUAGAGAAGACCUUAAAGGAGGUUGGGAGGAUGAAGUAUCUUCGCCCUCUUUAUACUUACCUUGUGCAAGGUCCUGGAAAGGAAGAAGAGAAAAUAUUGGCAAAAAGGGUGUUUGCAGAAACACGGGCCUGCUAUCACCCAAUAGCUCAAGGCGUAGUGGAAGCGAUUCUAUCCAAGCAUCUGUAACUCACAGUUUUUAACGCUUCUGCCUUGUUAUAUUAGCACUCCUCUAUGUGAGAUAGGGUUAUCAAUGCCCGUUUUGCCAUAAAAAUAGGAAGUGUGGGGAUAAAGCAUGGAAGACUGGGAGUGCUUAUAUCUGUACCUAUAGGCAAUUAUUCAAUGAGUUGCAUAACAAUGUGAACAGAUUUAAUCUUAUUUCGUGCUUAAAAAAUGUACAUUGAAUGCUUAA